AAGUCACCAAGCAAAGAACAAGAACUGAACUGUAAAAAAGAAAAUUCCGUUCCGAAAAAUUGAAACAAUGGAGACGACAAAUUUCAAGAGAAUCAAACAUGGUUUUUUCCCAGAAAUCAUCAACCGUGAAAUGAGAAUUUCUUCCCCACAAACUUUUUCUCGCCAUUUCUCUUCUUCACAGGUUAUAGUAGAAAAAAUCGAUCUUUAUGGGAAACUAAAUGGCCAUGAAGGAUGUGUAAACACUGUGGAAUUCAACUUUAAUGGUGAUAUCUUGGUUUCAGGUUCUGAUGAUAAGCAUGUUAUGUUAUGGAAUUGGGCAACUAAAACCAAAACACUUUGUUAUGCUUCUGGUCACUUAGACAAUAUAUUCCAAGCUAGAAUUAUGCCUUUAACUGAUGAUAAGAGAAUAAUCACUUCUUCUGCUGAUGGUCAGGUGAGGCUUGGAGAGAUUUUGGUGAAUGGUCAAGUUAAGACAAGAAGGUUGGGAAAGCACCAAGGUCGUGUACACAGCCUUGCUGUCGAGCCAGGAAGUCCGCACAUAUUCUUUAGUUGUGGUGAAGACGGCUUAGUUCAACAUUAUGAUCUGCGAUGUGGUUCGGCUUCGAAGCUUUUCCAUUGCUUCUCAUUCAAAGAAACUAAUAGUCCGCCUUUAAACAUAAGGUUAAAUGCCAUUAUAAUUGAUCCAAGGAAUCCAAAUUACUUUGCUAUUGGAGGUUCCGAUGAAUAUGCACGCGUCUAUGAUAUCAGAAGAUAUCGAUCGGAUGGAUCUAAUGUUUCGGAUGAACCCGUGAACUUAUUUUGCCCUCGCCAUCUGCUUCACUCUAACCAUGUUCAUAUUACAGGAUUAGCUUAUUCUAAAGCAAGUGAACUUCUUAUUUCUUACAACGAUGAGCUGAUUUAUUUAUUCCAAAAGAACAUGGGGCUCGGACCUUCUCCGCUAUCUCUUGAGUCUGAAACUCAGCUGAGCAAUGAGGAGCCGCAAGUUUAUGCGGGUCAUAGAAACUCACGAACCGUCAAAGGAGUGAGUUUUUUUGGCCCCAAAGAUGAAUAUGUGAUGAGUGGUUCUGAUUGUGGGCAUAUAUUUAUUUGGAGGAAGAAGGAUGCUAAGCUUGUUCGAGUAAUGGUAGGUGAUCGGCGUAUAGUAAAUCAUCUUGAGCCUCAUCCGUGCAUGCCAUUUUUAGCUACAUGUGGAUUUGAUAAAGAUGUAAAGCUUUGGGCUCCUAUGGCUGGUGAUGCUCCUGCACUUCCUAAAAACUUGAAGAAGAUUACGGAAUCUAAUAGACAGAAUAGAGAAGACCAGUCCCCGGCAACACUUGCCCCCGAUGUUAUAAUGCAUGUUGUCCGCCUACAGAGGCGGCAGAUGUUUGGAUAUGUUGAAAGAAGGUAUAGUAGAUCUGAUCUCGAAAGUGAUGAAGAAGAUGGGGAUGAAGAUUAUAUUUCAGGGCUCGCAAAUGACAUCACAUUUUCGGAAGAGUAUCCUGGUGAGAACUUCGGAGAUUGCUAGAUCAGCUAAUGUCUUGUAAGUUUGAAAGUAUGGAAAUUUCAAGUUCUUCCGGUUUUAUUUAUUGUAAAAAGUUCCGAUAGUAUCAAAACUCUUGGAUGAUCUCUUGUAAGAGAGCUAACAGCGGUGAACAAUUUUUCACUCCCAGAACGGAGUCAGCUCGGGAAACUAGUGUUUGCAUACAGAAUGAAUACUUACAGGUAUUCCAAAUAUUAUUUCUUCCAUCUUGAUAGUGCACGAUCUACAAACAAUUCUCCACUGUCAGAUGAGAAUUUUCAGUCAUACAAGGCUUCACAAAAGUUGAAACUGAGCGCUUUGAUUGGAUUCGUGACAUUGUCAUACAAGGAUCAUCUUUCUAUCAAGAUUUAUUCAUGAAGUCUUGGUGUUUGGCAGAUCAUCUCGGUUAUUGGUUGGCAUGGAGCACGAAGAAAACCAAAAGUAAGUUCCCCAACUUGGAAACAAGUGAAUGUUUCAGUGUUUCUUAGAUAUACCGUGUUAAAGUAUCCUGUUACUUCGUUAGUUAUAUUAUAUAUCACUAUGUUAUUCAGACUCGGGUGAGUGUGUUGCACAUAUAUCUAAGGGUGUACAUUCAUUUUUCUUCAGUCUUGUCCAUAUUCUAGGUUGUGCGUAGUUGUAGAGAUAAUAAAUGUCAGUACGACACUCACAUUCAAGUUCGACUAACUUUGUAAACAAUAUGCUUUCUGUAUAUUUGGAUAUGGUUACCAUUACACCAUUUUCUAAUUGAAUUUUCUUCCACAAA